AUGCAGGGAGGACACAUUUCCCCUUGGAACUGCCCUGUGUUGACAUGAUAGUUGCUACCACUGGGUCAUACAAUGUACAGGAGGCAUAAGCCCAGUGCUACAGAGAAGAGGAACUUUGCAGCCCAUGGAGGCGGACUGUCUUUGCCACAAAAUGACACAAGGUCUUUUUACAGCUUGUCUCAGCUUGUGCUCUCUGCUGGCCAUCUCAGACAACCACCAGUUCUCAGGCAUUCAAAAAUCACUUACUUUGAAGUAGAAAUCCUUGACGCCCAAAGCAAAAAGCAGAUCUGCAUUGUGGAUAAGGUACCUCCAACAUCUACCCUUCUUGAUGUAAAACAUAAAUUUCACAAAACAUGCCCCCAGUGGUACCCUUCCCGGGUUGGCCUGCAACUGGAACGAAAUGGACCCUAUCUGAAGGAUUCUGUUAGCAUUCAAAGCCUGGCAGUUUCUUCCAUCAUUACCCUGUAUUUUACAGACCUGGGUCAGCAGGUCAGUUGGACCACAGUUUUUCUGACAGAAUACACUGGGCCUCUUCUAAUCUACUUGCUGUUUUACAUUCGUCUCGCAAGUAUAUACAAUGAACAGGAGAGUACUAAGAACUUUCGCCAUCCAGUAGUUCACUUGGCCUGCUUCUGUCAUUGUAUACACUAUAUCCGAAAUCUUCUGGAGACGUUAUUUGUUCACAAGUUUUCCGGAGGGCAUACUCCUCUGAAAAAUAUGAUUAAGGGAUGUGCCUUUUACUGGGGAUUCACUUCUUGGAUUGCUUACUACAUCAACCAUCCACGAUACACUCCACCAACAUAUGGCAACAGACAAGUUAUGUUUGCUGCCCUCGCUUUCCUGAUAUGUGAAGCUGGAAAUCAUUUUAUCAAUGUAGCUUUAGCUCAUCAAAAUCACUCAGGAAAUAAAUCCUAUUUUCCAAGCCCAACCUACAACCCUUUCACGUGGCUGUUUGCAUUGGUUUCCUGUCCCAACUACACAUAUGAGAUUGGGUCUUGGAUUAGCUUCACAGUGAUGACACAAACACUGCCAGUUGGUGUUUUUGCUUUCCUGAUGGUCAUCCAGAUGUCUUUCUGGGCCCAGAAAAAACACAAGAUGUACCUGAAGAAAUGUAAUACCUAUACAUACAGGAAAGCAGCCAUGAUUCCAUUCAUCUUCUAAGCUCUUUAUGCAUCAGAAGCCUAUAUGCACUGUUUGAUAUCUGACUCUGAGAGUAAAUGAGCCAUUUCCUUUAGUAAAGAGUUGUAAGACAAGAAUGAUUGGGUAUUUUCUUCAGAUAAUUAACAAAUGCAAAUGGGGUGCUCUUAAUUAAGUGAAAAGAAUAUGGCUCUGAAUCCUUGCUUUGUAUCAGAAGAUAUGAUUUCAUUAGAUUUUGUGUAAUGGAGCUCAUUAGGAAGAGAAUAGAAAAUCCCUCUUGUUAAUAGUGGGCCAAAUCUUCAACUAGUUUAAUUGGGCUUAGCUCUAUUUAAAAUCAGUGGAACAUUGCUGAUCUACUCUAGAUAAGAAUCUGGGUUUUUUAGGUUCAUUGUCAAACACUGACCAGAUUUUCAGUGUUGCAUUGUUGAUUCACAGCUUUUAUUUUAUUAAACACUGCACAAAAGCAGUGAGAGUUGUAUAAAUCCCUCUAAAAAGUAUCAUGGAGGAGUCUGGACUUAUACAGCAUUAAUACAGUUAGAAUGGCUUUGCAUUUUUCUUUGACUGAAUCUAUUACCGACAGAAAGUUGUACAAUUCAAAUGGGUUUAAAUUGAGCACUAUAGAGAAAUCUGCCUUUUUUUUUUAGGAGGCAGCCUACUAAUUCAGGAAGGGAAACAGUUUCUAUGAGAUCUCAGUUUUGUUUCUUGCUUUGCUAAUGAUUUGCCAUGGGGACUUGGAAAAGUACCUUAACUCAGAUUGUAGACAUCCCUCAUGGAGUUAGGGUGAUACCAAGUAUAUUUUGAUAUAGUUUUUUAAAUGUAGAUCCUCUUCCGAGAUGAUUACUCUGUUUUUACCUUGCUGUUAUUUCUAAAAGAAAAGUACUGGUCUUCUUCAAAUAUCUGAAAAUUCUAUAUAACAUGAUUUGCAAAUUGGCUGCAUCAUUUGCACAAAUAAACAUAUUUCUUAGCAGCAAGAUUUGCUUGGAUUGUAGUGCCAUUUAACAACAAAAAGGGUUAGGGUUGCUUCCACACUCAUUAGCACUCUAAACUCCAUUUCUCCUUUAAGUACUUGUCUUCAUGAAUGUUCUGUGGUGGGUGCAGAUGUGCCACAGGCAUUUGAGCUUGGAGACACUUCCAGCCCGUAUGGGCACAUGAACUUUACCUUUUCUCCACAUCUUCAAUAUGGACAUAAACACUUCCUGUUCUUCAGUUCCUUUCAUCUCCCUUGGCUUAAGAUGGAUAUUCUACUGCUUGUUCCAGAAUAGCCAUUAGCCUAGCACCACCUUUUCAAAAUCACUAUUUUUAAACAUUUUUGGUCUCUAGACCUUUUUAAUUUUUUUUUUCAGGCAUUGGUGUAAGAUCACCCAAUACAAGAUUUUUCGCAGACAGAAUCUCCUUUCAGGCUUGCUCCAAGUAUCUGCCCAAGGUCAUCAUAGAAUUUCAUUUUUGUAAGCAACGCUGCUUGCUGAUUUUUUUUCUCCAGAUUUCACUUUCUUAGAAACCUCUCUACAUAUACUUGAUGUGAGGUUAGCUUUGUUCUUUCAUCUGAACAGGACUAAGUCGUCCUGUAAUUUCUAUUUUUCUUUCUUUCCAUAGCAAAAAGUUAGAGACACAACAGUCUCCACUGAGGCUGCAUCCAGAGAAGUCUAGCCAUGUGGUAUGUGGCGCUGCAGACAUGACUGCAGGUGCCACAUACUGAACAUUCAGCUGUUCUCUGUGCUGCAAGGGAGCAGCAUGGGUGUGUGACCCCUGGAUAUUCAGGGGUUAAAAUAACCCAUGCAAAAAAAAAAAGUAGAGUGGCGCACGCCUCUCAAAACGGCCGAAGCCAAACUCCAGCUCCCAGUCAAGCUCUGAGUGCCAGGAUUGCCACUGCUACAUCCCUGGGAGGCCCCUAGAACUCCAGGUAAGGCUGCUGGGGCUAGCCCAGUGUUGGCCUCAGCCUCCCUCUCCAUCCCAGGUAACCUACUGCAUGCCAGAGUGCAUGUGGCGUAGGCAUUUUCCAGGGAUAACUAGCAGUGGCACAAAGUGUGCCACUGUUAGUUGUCCCCAGAGAACCAAACAUCCACGCUCAUGUGGGUGCGACCCCAGAGACUGCCUAACUGGCUCUUAGACUGUCAAGUUAUGCUAAACAGUUGCUAUGAUGGGCCUGCUGAUAGUGGUCAGAACUCAUUCCACCAGAGCUCAAUUGGGUUCUUUUGGGAACAUCUCUAUUCCAAACAUCAGCAAAAUGCCCCCUGGAGUUUAAUGCACACCUUCAUCACCACUACAGGAGAACUGUCUAACUUCAGAACAGCUGCAGGCCACAGCACCCCCUCAUUUUCAUCAUACAAGCCACAACAGCCCAUCAUUUCCAUCCUACAGGCCACUCUGUCACACAGCUGUCUCCUCUGUUGGCUACACCUCUUUAUCCAUGGCAUGGGGGAGUAAGAAUAUGAAAGCUAGAGGAAGGAAGGGAAGCCCAGAGAUUCUGGCAGCCUGAGGAAAGAGGCUGUGAGAGCAGCUGGAUCAGGUAAUGGAGGGGAUUGGUGACAACUGGAAGAAAUGAUGUUUGAAACUGGAGGAAAGAGUAGAGCGCUGAGGAUAUAAGGGGAUGGCAGCCCAUGGGCCCUUAUUUAAACACUCAUGGGUCAUACGCAGCCCAUAGGCCAUCAGUUGGACAGCACUUCUUUAGGCCAUUGCAGAGGCUGGUAAAGUGGACAGUACUUUUGGCAAAACAAUACUUUCAUGACCAUUUACAUGAAGCUCUGUAGCUUGCAUUCAUGUGGAUUGGGACACUGCCUUGAAGUUGCACAUAGUGAAAUACGUAUGUGGACAAGCACACAAAGACAAAAUCAGGCUUAAUAGCCUCCAGGUGUCUUAGAGAUGUUUUAUUUAUAUGCAACUUCCAUAUCCUGAUCAUCCCCAUCUCCUGCUGCUUCUCCUUGAAGUCCCUGACACUGUGGGAAAGUGCAGCUAAGAGAAAACAGAGAAGGAGGAAGGACAAACUACCCUUCCUGAUCUCAGUGCAUAGUAUGUGGACAGCAAGUCCAUGUGAAUGGAAUGGCUGGUAUUGAUUAUGUAAAAUGUUCUCAAAGCAUGAGUGCAAGAGCUGCCUGUACACCCACAGUUCAUGUGGGAAUGUGCACAUGAACAGUGCAUUUUAAAGAUCUUCAGUAACUGGUAAGUAACUCUUCUAUCAUGAUUUAACUCUUCUAUCAUGAGUUACUAAGCCAUAGCAACAAAGCAAGACAAUUUGGGCUUUUACAGGAAACAUUAUCUUAUACCACGGUGUCACGAUCAAGUGCUCUAACAAAGUUAAUUUAUCCAAUAAACCAGGUUCAUAUCCUUCCCCUAAUGCCUAUUCUAGAGUCUUGUAGUGUUUGUCCUAUUAACAACAUUACCAAUGAGCUAUGUGCGUUGACUGUAGAGCCUGCUAUAAAUAGGCAAGUGAAAGAGCAGCCAAGUCACAUUGCAUGUUUCAGCAAUUUAGCUAUGCUGGUAGGUAAUGUAAAAUAUAUAGCUGUAAAAAUUUGGAAGGAAUAACAGCAACUGAGCAUAGUUAAGUGAACAGGCUACGGCAAAGAAGGAAAUAGGUUUUGGCUGAGGAAUUAAUUUAUGUACUGGCAAAAUGGGAAGGCUCCAGGAAUUUUUGGCUCUAUCUGUAUUUUGGUAGACUCAUAAAUUUCAGUAUAAGCCCAUAUUGAACAAGAGAAAAAGGGAGUGCCAUAAUUAGCCCAUUAAGUUCAUAAAUAGGCAUAGCAAUUGCUACAGGCUGUUUGGUUUCCAAGUCAUCUACAGAAUCAGUAGUGGCAUCAUGUUUAUUAACUAAAGCUGUAUGUAAAGUAUAAUUUCUUUUAAUGUUGGUAAUGUAAAUAAAUAUUUUCAUGUGCUUUUUUUUAAACCUGUGAAUAAUUAACACCUGGAUUUUUUUUCAUUGCGCUCAGUAGAUACAAUAGAGUCGCUCUGAGCAAUAAAUCAGCUAAUAUGAUGUCCUGCAAUAAAGAUAUAUUUUAGGAUAAAAUAUUUGCUAUGAAUUUUUCUUGCUAACUUUUAAUUGGAUUCUCCUUAAAGUAACAUUUUCCCUAAAUAACAUAUGCAUGCUGUGUUGGUAAAAAUAUCAGGGCAUUUCCAUUUUCCUUCUUUUAGUAGUUUCUUCUUAGUUGGAGAGUAUAUUUAAUUAUAUGUUUAUCUUGAGGUUGUUUUUUAAAAAUUGUUAUGGCACUUAUCUUAAAACCUUUGAUGUGGGUGAGAGCCUGCUUUAAAUUUCACAACAAUACUCAUUUAUCUGAUCAUCUCU